AAUGUAUUGCUAAUAAUUAUCAGUAAUUGGAAUUAGGUUUGUUAACCAGAAAAAGGUAAGUGUAUAUUAUUCUUUGGAUCACUAAUUUUCCUGCACAUUCUUUUGGAAUAGCAUGGUUUAGUAGAUUAUAGAGUACUACCCUUAUUUCUAGUAAUUGCAAGUUGGAAUGCUUCAGUUUUGUUCUAAAAAUGUUAAAUGGUAAUGUGUAUUCUAUAAACGUCAAGUGAUUUCCAUAAUGUGUACAAUCACAUUUCUAAUUUUUACGUUUCCAUAUUAUCAUGAAAGCUUGGUUUUUAAAUUUAAAUGUCAACACCCUGUUUAAGCAGUUCUUUCAUUUAUAAAAAUUUAAGAAUCUAUGAAAAAUUUUGCCCCAACUUAUAGAUGCGUGAGGAAUUUUAAACUAUUCUAUCAUAUGAUUUCUCAACAUGGAAAAGUCCUAGGGAGGUGUCCCAUAGUAGGAAUGUUGUGGGGGGGGGGGUAUUGGUGAUUUCAAUGCAGGUACACUAAAAUGAAGGAAAAAAUUGCUGUGUAUAGAAAUUUCAACAUUUAAAAGCUUGUUGGAAUACCAGAAUAUGCCUACAGCUACAGAAAAUAAUCUUAGGAGAGUGGCCCUGUGUGAAAAGUUUUGAUGGGGAAAUAAAAAGAAGCUCCCUGAAGUUUCUAUUAAAACAAACAAAAAAAAUUGUCAUUUUAAUUGGCUUCACUGCCAUCCCUAUUUGAAGAACAGUAGGUGGAGCUAUUUGAGGUCUGAAAACCAAAAUUCUUUUCUCGGAGUUCAAGAUUGUGCAGUAAUUGGUUAGGACUCUGAGCGCCGCUGUUCACCAAUCAGGGAGAGAAAAGCAGAGGGAUCCUUCCUGCCGCUGUGCACGCGCCUGAAGCACAAAGCACCGACAGAACUAACCAUCCCCUCCUGGACCGUGAGGAAACUGAACGGAGGGGCUCUGGUCCCCCAGCUGCGGGAUUCCAGGGACGGACCUAGCGAUCCUGACAUCGACAUAGUGCUCCAGGAAACUGACAAUGAUUCCUGUGCCACUGCACCAGGACUGCAGAGGGCUGGUCCUGCUGGGACUUCUCUUGGGGAUUCUGUGGGAACCUGGAUGCACCCAAAUCCAUUAUUCGGUUCCUGAAGAGCUGGAAAGGGGCUCUAAGGUGGGCAACAUCGCCAGGGAUCUGGGGCUGGAGGCCUGGGAACUGCAGGAGCGCCGAGUCCGCAUCGUCUCCGGAGGUAGGACGCAACUUUUCGCUCUGAAUCCCCGCAGUGGCAGCUUGGUCACGGCGGGCAGGAUAGACCGGGAGGAGCUCUGUAUGGGAGCCAUACAGUGUCAGCUAAACCUGGAGAUCUUGAUGGAGGAUAAAGUGAAAAUAUACGGGGUGGUGGUAGAAGUGAGGGACAUCAAUGAUAACGCCCCCUCCUUCCUGGAAGGUGAAUUAGAAAUUAAAGUGAGCGAAAACGCAGCCACUGGGAUGCGGUUCCCCCUUCCCCACGCUUGGGACCCUGAUAUCGGGAGAAACGCUCUCCAGAGCUACGAGCUCAGUAACAAUACUCACUUCUCCCUGGCGGUCCAAAGCGGAGCGGAUGGGAACAAGUACCCUGAGCUGGUGCUGGAGCGCGCCCUGGACCGCGAGGAGAAGGCUGUUCACCACCUGGUUCUCUGGGCCUCCGAUGGCGGCGACCCGGUGCGCACUGGCAGCGCGCGCAUCCGAGUAACGGUCCUGGACGCGAACGACAACGCCCCGGCGUUCGCGCAGCCCGAGUACCGCGCGAGCGUCCCCGAGAGCGCGGCCGUGGGCACCACGCUGCUGCUGGUGAACGCCACCGACCCCGACGAAGGCGCCAAUGCGGAAGUGACGUAUUCCUUCCGCUAUGUGGACAAGAAGGCGGCCCAGCUUUUCGAGCUGGAUUGCAAUUCAGGGGCAAUUUCCACAAAGGGGGAGCUGGACCACGAGGAAUCGGGAUUCUAUGAGAUGGAAGUGCAAGCAACGGAUAACGCGGGCUAUUCCGCGGGAGCCAAAGUCUUGAUCACGGUUUUGGAUGUGAAUGACAAUGCCCCUGAAGUGCUUGUCACCUCUCUCUCCAGUACUAUUGUGGAAAACUCUCCGAAAGGGACAUUAGUCGCCCUCUUAAAUGUGAAUGACCAAGACUCUGGGGAAAAUGGACAGGUGGUCUGUUUUAUCCAAGAGAACCUGCCCUUUAAAUUAGAAAAGUCUUAUGGAACUUACUAUAGUUUAGUGACAGACACGCUCCUAGACCGAGAACUGGUCGCUAGCUACAAUAUCACGGUGACUGCCACUGACAGAGGACGCCCACCCCUGUCCACGAAAACUCACAUCUUCCUGAAUGUCGCAGACACCAACGACAACCCACCCGCCUUCUCUCAUGCCUUCUACACCGCCUAUAUCCCAGAGAACAACCCCAGAGGAGCCUCUGUAGUCUCCGUGACCGCCUACGACCCCGACUAUGGAGAGAACGCCCAGGUCACCUACUCUCUGGUAGAAGACACUGUCCAGGGAGCUCCCCUGUCCUCUUACAUCUCCAUUAACUCAGACACUGGCGUCCUGUACGCGCUGUGCUCCUUCGACUAUGAGCAGUUCCGAGACCUGCAGCUACAAGUGAUGGCACAGGACAGUGGGGACCCUCCACUCAGCAGCAACGCGUCCCUGAGCCUGUUUGUACUGGAUCAGAAUGACAACACACCAGAGAUCCUAUACCCUGCCCUCCCCACUGAUGGUUCUACUGGUGUAGAGCUGGCACCCCGCUCUGCAGAACUGGGCUACCUGGUGACCAAGGUGGUGGCGGUGGACAGAGACUCAGGCCAGAACGCCUGGCUGUCCUACCGCCUGCUCAAGGCCAGCGAGCCUGGGCUCUUCAUAGUGGGGCUGCACACGGGAGAGGUGCGCACUGCGCGGGCCCUGCUGGACAGAGAUGCGCUCAAGCAGAGCCUGGUGGUGGCUGUUCAGGACCAUGGCCAGCCCCCUCUCUCAGCCACUGUCACCCUCACUGUGGCCGUGGCUGACAGCAUCCCAGAUGUCCUGGCCGACCUAAGUAGCCUUGAGUCUCCCGCCAACCCUGAGGACUCGGGCCUUACACUCUACCUGGUAGUGGCAGUGGCUGCAGUCUCUUGUGUCUUUCUCGCCUUUGUCAUCGUGCUGCUGGCGCUCAGGCUGAGGCGCUGGCACAAAUUGCGCCUGCUCCAGGCUCCAGGAAGCGGGUUUGCCGGCGUGCCCGCUUCCCACUUUGUGGGCGUGGACGGGGUGCAGGCAUUCCUGCAGACCUAUUCCCAUGAGGUCUCCCUCACCGCGGACUCUGGGAAGAGUCACCUGAUCUUCCCUCAGCCCAACUAUGCGGACACACUCAUCAGCCAGGAGAGCUGUGGGAAAAGCGAGCCUCUUUUGCCGUCAGGUGAUUCAGUGUUUUCUAGAGAUAAUCAUGCAUUAAUUCAGCAAGCCCCGCCCAACACGGACUGGCGUUUCUCUCAGGCCCAGAGACCCGGCACCAGCGGCUCCCAAAAUGGCGAUGAAACCGGCACCUGGCCCAACAACCAGUUCGACACGGAGAUGCUGCAAGCCAUGAUCCUGGCCUCCGCCAGCGAAGCCGCUGAUGGGAGCUCCACGCUGGGAGCAGGCGCUGGCACCAUGGGCCUGAGCGCCCGCUAUGGGCCCCAGUUCACCCUGCAGCACGUGCCCGACUACCGCCAGAACGUCUACAUCCCCGGCAGCAACGCCACGCUGACCAACGCCGCGGGCAAGCGGGAUGGCAAGGCCCCGGCAGGUGGCAACGGCAACAAGAAGAAGUCUGGCAAGAAGGAGAAGAAGUAACGUGGAGGCCGGGCCUGGAGCCACAGGGCCGCCUCCCCCCAACCAGCCCAGCCUCUCCCUGCCUGGGCCCAGGACUGGGGUUUUCAGGGCUCACCCCCAGGCUCCUGGUGGGGCCCAGGCCAUGCUUCCCUUGGGAAACAGAAACAAGUGCCCAGUCAACACCACCCUUUCUGUCCCCAGGGGGUUGAAUAUGCAAAGGGAGUUCUGCUGGGAACCCCCAUCCAAUCAAUUGCUGUGCCCAUGGGGGUGGUGGGGUUAGUGUGGACAUCAUAGAUCACACCUGCUUUAGUUACAGCUGAACUCCUCCACCUUCCAGAUUCAAUCAGGCCCAACCAUCCCGCCUCCAGAACGUGGUGGUGGGGUUAGUGUGGACAUCAUUGAUCACACCUGCUUUAGUUACAGCUGAACUCCAUCUUCAAAUUCAAUCAGCCCCAACCAUCCCGCCUCCAGAACGUGGUGGUGGGGUUAGUGUGGACAUCAUUGAUCACACCUGCUUUAGUAUCAGCUGAACUCCAUCUUCAAAUUCAAUCGGCCCCAACCAUCCCGCCUCUAGAACGUGGUGGUGGGGUUAGUGUGGACAUCAUUGAUCACACCUGCUUUAGUUACAGCUGAACUCCUCCCAUCUUCCAAAUUCAAUCAGGUCCAGCUGCCCCGUCUCCAGAAUGUGGUGGUGGAGUCAGUGUAGACAUCAUUGAUCACAGCUGUUUUCGUUAUAGCUGAACUCCAUCUUCCAAAUCCAAUCAAGCCCAACCGUUCCGCCUCCUAGCCAUGCCACCCCACCCCACUCCUAUAAAAGCUUCUUUCCUGAGUGAGGUGGUUGGGGUGUUGAGGUACCUGGUGACCUAAAGAGGCUCAUAAUUCUGAAGAGUUAACCUCUUGGCCUCUCCUUCAAUUCUCAAACUUCCCCCAAAGCAUGGUUUGGUGCCAGUCCCUUCACCUCCUUCCGGAGCCCGAGCCCAAGCUCAAGUUUUGGGAGACAUGGUCACCAUUCCACGGUAGUGAUGCUUGCUGGGUUUAGGGAAGGCAUUUUGCUACCAUGCCUCUUCCCAAUGCUCUAGGGACCAGUUGUUUUGUUUUGUUUUGUUUUUCAUUGUUUGAUGUAUCCACUGCAUGCUGUGACUGCUCCCUCCCCAAACAGGAGACUCCAUUGCAUGUUCCAAGACUGUAUAUGGCGGUAAGAUAAAGAGGGAAGGGUAUGUAUGUGGAUGGGGGGUGGAUAAAUCUUGACCCAAUUGUUAACAGGGUCUUGCAGGAGGCUCAGUAUGUUCCCAGGGUACUGACCAGAUCCUCAAAUUCCAGCCAUAAACCAAGCACCAGGCUGAGCCUUCACCUACCACAUACAUACAAGGCUCCGCCCAAGCAGCCAGCUUUGGGCGGAGCUACCAGCGCCAAUGGAUUUAAACUGGCAUUAUAGUCCAAGGAAGGUCUGAGCAGGUUUGGGACCGGGUUCCUUGGAGAGGUCAGAGGGGCUCUGUGGGUGCUGGGUACCCAGAGGUACCCCUAGUGGAACAAUCAGUGUGUCCCCUCCCUCCCAUCCCAGCAGGGAGGGAGGGCCAGCUAGGCCAUUCUUGGUCCCUGGGUUGAGGAGGCAAGGGAUUAGAGUAGGGAACAAGUGGACAGAAAUUCUCAGCCCAGGAUCAGGCUUCUCCACGGGGGCCCCUGCAUUCCCCAAGCCUUGGUCCUUCACCUUGCCAGGUGCCAUUUCUUCUGUGUGAAGGCCACUGCCCCCCCAGGCCCUCAGCCCACCCCCUAGUGGCCAGAGCCUGGUUCAAGUCCCCAGUGACUCCUUGUGCAUAAACCUUCCUGCGCCCACCCACUUCUGCCUCCCGCUCCCCCUCCCCAGUCCCGUUCCUCUGGCGGGGCUGUGCUAGAACCCCUCCCUCGCCCUUACAGUAGUGUAGCGACCCCCCGCCCCUCUUUGGCUGGUGUAGAAUAGCCAAUAGUGUAGUGCGGUGUGCUUCUCCGUGAUGGCGAGUGGGCAGCGGGCGGCGGGCUCCGCGCAGCCGUCUGUCCUUGAACCUGCCUGCGGUGGCCCGUGCUGUGUUUUGUGCUGUGUCCACGCACUGCGGCGACCCCCUCCCCGGUACUGACCCCUAUAAGCGCUUCUCUGCAUAGUCACGUAGCUCCCCGCCCCUUUUCUUGUGUCUCACGCAAGUUUUAUACUCUAAUAUUUAUAUGGCUUUUUUUUUUUCUUGGAAAAAAAAAUAAUAAAAAGGUUUCUUCUGAAA